ACUGCUCUCUUUCUCUCAGUCAAACCCUUGAUUAAUUUUUCUCCAUUACUCCCUAGCUCCCUCCCUCCCUUGCGUUACACUAUGGAGAAGGGAGAGAAAGAAGCUUCAGACUUCCAAUGUUUCAUGCCUGAUCAAAAGCCUAUUGACCCUUCUUCUAUUUCACAGCGGGAAAGCCACCGCCUUGUCGUUGCUGAUUCCCUGGAAAACCACAAUGAUGGUAACCGUUCGUCUGGAAAUUCCCUUCAUCAGAAAACAACCAUAAUAAACCCUAGAGUUCAAACCCGCCCCAUCUCCCAAAACCAAAACCCCACCACUGGGAGCGUUAAUUUUCAAGACGCCAUCUCGGGGAUGGACCUAAAUCCUGGUCUCAAUUACGAGACCCUUCUUGAACAAGGCCUUGAAACUUCAUUGAGUCGGCUAAGCCUAUCAACUCCUUCUCAUCAAUCUUGGUUUCUUGCUCCACCGGCCUCUCGAGAAGAUGCCUGGUGCGGUAGUACUACUGGGCCAUCUUUAGGGAACGGUUUCGAUGAUAAUUAUGUAAUGGCCGGAGGUCUUGCUCCUUCAACGCAUGCACAAGAAUGGCAAGGACAGCAAUAUUUGGAGAAGUUGAGAGAACAGCAUUUGCAGUCGAUGAGAAUUCAUUCUGCAGUGAUGGGACAUAUGGCUUAUGAUACAAGGCCCCGUGGAGUGCCAUUAAUAUUGAGCAAUGACUAUGGACUUUCGAGCUCCCGGCCAAGUUUUGCCAAUUAUGAGCACAGAAAUUUAUCGGGUGCGGGCCCAAGUUUUGGGACAGGAAAGAACCAGUCUGCGUCCUCUUCUAGCUCCAACAUUAACAAUGUGUUUGAUUGGCCGUCUUCUCCAACAUUAACAAUGUGCGGAAGACAAUCUGCAGAUACAAUGAGUUAUGAUUAUCCUAUUUGGCCGUCUUCUCCGAGUUGUAAUGGGAUUCGAUUUGAUUACAACUUCCAAAGUCGGGGAAUUUCCAGUAAUGGUCUGAGGUCCGCUGGGAUAUUGUCAUUGCAGCCGUCGCAACAGCGUCCAACGUCGUACCCCUCAAUGGAAGAAUUGAACGGCCAACUGCUUUCGGUGGCCAAAGACCGAAGCUGGCCGGGGUAUGCUUUCUUUCAGAAGAAGUUUGAGAAGUGGAGUGACGAUUUGCACGCGUUAAUGGUUCACCCGCGUAACUCUCAUCACGUUCAGAAGCGUUUCGAAGAAAGCAGUGGAGAACAGCUGACUGAAAUUCUUCUUGCUUUGAUCAGUAAUGAACAAAAACUAAAGUAUACAUGCACCGAUAGCCAAGGAAGUCGGUCAAUGCAAAAAUUGUUGGAGCAUUUGACCCCGGAGCACAUAUACUUGGUAAAAUGGGCUAUAAGGAAUUUAACAGUUGCCUUGGCCAAGAGCUCGAGUGGUCAGUUUGUAAUUAAGAAGUGCUUGGAACUUUUCCCCGCCCAAGACAACGAGCUUAUUACGAAUGAGAUAGCAGAGAACUGUUUUGAUAUUGCAACAGACAGAUAUGGAUGCUGUGUAAUGCAAGAGUGUGUCAAUCGUGCUUUUGGAGAAACUAGGAAGCGUCUUGUGGCUAAAAUAGCAGCAAAUGCGCUACUCCUUUCAGAAGAUCCUUUUGGGAACUUUGUUGUGCAGCACGUAAUAGGGCAGAGGAUGCCACGUGCUGCAGAAGCUAUACAUGCGCAGCUCGAAGGAAGAUUUCUUUCUCUCUCUAUGAACAUGCAUGGCAGCCAUGUGGUGCAAAAAUGCUUGAUUGAAUUUGGAGAACAGCUUUCCGCUAGGAUUAUUCGGGAGCUUACCUCUAUUGAUCCGGAACGUUUCUUGAGCUUUCUACAGGAUCAAUGGGGUAAUUAUGUUGCUCAGACUGCCAAGGCGGUUUCUAAGGGAUCCGUCCACCAAUCUCUUAUGGAUCUAAUCGAUCAUUACAGACCACUUUUGCAAAGCCAUCCUCAUGGGAAAUGCGUGCUUGCCCCAACCAAAGGAACAACCAAAGGAAAGCAGCGACGAUUGAUAUUAUGAUCACAUGUUGCAUUUCCCUGUCACGUGUUGCAUUUCCCGCCCUGAUCUACAUAGUUAGGACUUAUAAGUUAAAACUAUUUGUUAUUGCUAGCUGUUCAUUUUUGUGUUGCGCUUUAGGUCGUAAGUUUGAACUUUGAGCUGCAGGAGAUCAAUUUGCUCUGAUGGCAUGUUUUGAAAGUAUUUAAUGCUUUCUUUACAAGCCAUUGAGUGAAUUGUAUAUUCUUGGGUCUUCCACGGCCUGUUGUUGUUAUACACUAAUCUAGCAUUUUCUGAUA